AGAGCUGACCGUGGUGCUGAAAAUAUCUCCAUAGCGCCGUGCAAGAAAUCCCAACUGUACAGCACACACAAACGGUAUCACUGCACAAACAAAACAUUAACAUUCAAACAAAGCGAUUCGUUUUAAAGUGGAUUCCAGCAGCGAAAUCCCGAGGCUAACUUAUUCACAAAGUUCGAAGAGGACACAAGAAGUGCGUCGGCUUGCUCUGCCUCUGUCAGGAUUCCCGGCUCAACACCCUAUACGUGGUCAUGACCUGGUGCCAACAAACUUCAAAUGUCCCAGGCAUUUUCCUGUUAAUUUUGUUCAGUCUUACAGUCAAGCCUGCAUCCCUCAGUCCAGUGGCAGCAGACAUAAACACAGUACAUGACAACUCUGCAGCAUUGUCUUCUGCUCAGAAACAGGCUAAAUAUAUUCAACAAGCUGAGAAACAAGUCGUGCUGAAUGAUGCAGCCGAAGGAGACGAUGAGCUUUUUAAAGACGUGGAUCCAAGAACCCUAGCAGCUGUGCUUCUUGAAGCCCUCAACAACUCCCAGAAGCAAAAGAUGACUGAAAAAGAAGACAAAGGAGCAGAAGAGGAAAAGGAGAGGGAUCUCCAGGGUGCAGACAGAGACAGAGAUGGCCAUCAGGAGCUGGAACUGGUCAUGGCAGCUGCUGCAGCGCGAGGAAAAGAAGAGAAAGAACGAGAGGAGGAAGAGGAGAAGAAAAGAGCAGAGGAGGAGGAACGGUUAACAGAGAAAGUAAAAAGCCACACCACCAGUCAAACGAUCCCAUUAAAAGAGCCAGUGGCACCACAGGAUGAGGUCACAAAAGAAGAGGUGAUGAAGGAUGAGGAGAGGCAGGACCCAGAGAAAGAAGGGUUGGGAGAGGAGGAAGAGCAGCUGAGUCCAGAAGAAGUGAAGAAUCUGGAGACUAUGUUAGAGGAAUUUCAGAGUUACAGCACGGCCACUAAGAGAGAGCGUGACACUGUCCACAGGGAGAGUCGAGGGGAAUAUUUUGAUUACUUGGACCGUAACGGCCUAAUGAACAAUGAGAUCAAAUCCAAAGGCAAUGACCUAGCACUGUCCAAGAAGAAGCUAAAGUGGCAGCUUGAGCAAGAGAAGAACAAAAUCCAGCCCCCUCAAAAAGGAGGCAACUUCAUGGAUGACUUUAACAACAAUUUUGCUGACCCAGAGGUGGAAGAUGAGCAAGAUCAGGAGGAUGAAGAAGUGCUAAGCCCUGAAGAAGAGGAGACUCAGGCUAAAGCUGAGCAAGAGGAGGUACGCAGACAAGCGGCAGAAGCCCAAAGAGCCAAGGCGGAGGAGGAGAAACUCGCAGACAUUGCAUCUGACAUGCUGCUGAAAUACAUUGUGAAACAAGACAAGAAAAAGCUUCAAGAUGGUGCUGAAGAUAAGCGCUCUGAUGAGGAAGAUACUAGCGACGAUGAUGAUAUUGACCCACAAACCAUUGAUAAGUUGAUUGAGAUCUCAAGUAAGCUGCAUCUUCCUGCCGAUGAUGUGGUUGACAUCAUCAGCGAUGUGGAGAAGAAAAAGAAAAAAGAUGCUCCUGAAAAUCUGCCAUGGCAACGUCCUCUCGUGCCGCCUUCAGCCCCCGUGGCAACUUCCACUCUGUUACGUAAACCACCUCCUUCAAAGCCACCCCAACCCAACACAAGCCCACUGAAAACCUGGUUUAAAGACAGGGCCUCAGUCAAACCUAGCAAGCAAGAAAUCUGGACGAGGCAGCAGUGGCCCUUUCGUGCCUACCCUUCCUACAAUUUCUACCAAAACCCCUAUCGAGGGUAUUAUCCCAUCUACAUCCAGCCUCCAAAAUCCAAAUCCCACUACAAGCCAGCUUUCUCCCUCAAUGACGUCCUGGGGAACUCUCUGGACUAUGAUUUUGAUUACUCCUCCAGAAGAAAGUCCCGUCCCUGGGCACAGUCUCGUCCGAGGCCCCCACCAGCCUUUCAAAGGAACCUCUACUUCCCUAACUACAUCGCUCCCCGGACUUUCAAAGCUGUACCAAUGCCUAAGCCACGAUCACCUCCACGUCGCUGGCCGUCCUUUUAUUACCAAGCCCGAGCUCCUGUAGUCACCAGGGAGGAUGAUUACUAUAGUCCACUGAGACAGCCGCCGCAUGAGAGUGAAGAAGACCUGGAGAACUUCCUUGAGAGGGUCUUCGUGAAACAUCCUCGGAUGUUUCAGUGAGCAGUGCAGGGCAGGGGGUGCUGAGGAGGAGGAAAAGGAGAAGAAAGAGAAAGGAAGAUAACUAAAAGACUGUUCAUUGCCAAUCACAUUGUGAUUUCUUUCGCUUUAAAUAGGUUCCUUAUCUUUUAGUUCCGUCUGCUCUUUUUAUCAAAUGCUGUUAUAUAUAUAUAGCAUUUGAACAGCAACGUUUACCCUUAAACAGAACUUAAAACAGAGCAUCCAUGAAGCCACAUCUUCCACCCUCCUCCCCCUGAAAAGACUGAAGGACCAGCAGAGUCACCCGUACGGUGAGGUGAAGGGGUGCUUCUGUCCAUAACAUCUACAUAAGCUCUUAAAUUCAGCAUAUCCCAAGAAGGCCUUUAUAAUGGAACAGUACAGUACCUGAUAGCAUAAAAAAACAUACUAUUAUCCCAUACAAAGAUGAAAUCUCAGUGCAUCGUGCACUUUCGGUGACUUGCUAUUACUAUGGAAACAAAUCCAUUAUGUAAGCCUUAUCUCAGUGUCACUUUUAUUCUAUUAUUGUUUAUUUAUUUGUCAUCUCUUUUAGAAACCCAGUGGGGUCAAUGUCAUUGAUCAAUGUAAAAGCAUUGCAAAAAAUAUUUGAAUUGCACCUUUAAAGAGCGCAUAUACACAGAUUAGAAAUCGUACACCAUCACAGUGCCAUACUGGUGGAAAUACAUAUGUUAUUCUAGAAACCAAAUGUAUUGUCUUGUACCUCAGAAUAUUCUGCUCAAGCAUUUACCAUUUGUGCGUUCCCUUGUGAAACAUCGAGAACUCACUCUAAGUCUUGUAUAUAGAAUUUGAUUCUUAUAGCAGUCUGCAUUUUUAAUUUUGUUGUUUCAGUGUGUUUAUACUAUUGUUUUUUAUGCAAAAAAAGAUAGAUAGAUGGUGCAAAGGACAUUCAUACAUUCCAACAAUUUGUAAGAAACUAAAGUUCUUUCAUAGAAGCUCUUUUGAAUACAACUUUUAAUUGCCUUAAGACACUCUCUUCCCUUUUUCAGACAAGCAGCAUUUUUUUCAUAGAUCGGGAGGAAGGUUUAUUCCCCUGCUCAUGAGACUUAUCAGUGGAGCUGCAGUGAUCUUCCUUUCGAAAAGUUGGUAAAGCUUUAGAUUACAGCCCGCAAUGUACUGCAUAAUUAAACAGAAUUUAUAGCGUAACUAAUUAUAAAAAUAAUGUACCUCUACAGUACAUAUCUGUAGGUAAAGGGAAACAAUAUGCAAAGCUUGGGGAAUAAAGGGUUAAAAGUAGGAAAAUGUAAAAAAGAUAUAACAUAAUAUAUUACAGUAUAAGUUUUAUACUGUACAUUUUCCUUACACUUACCCCUUCAUUUCCUAAAUGUUGCAUAUUGUUUCCCUUAAGCUACAGAUAUGUACUGUAGAGGUACAUUAUUGUUUCAAUUAGUUUUGCUGUAAAUUCUGUUUAAUUAUGCGGUACAGUGUGGGCUGUAAUCUAAAGUGUUACAGAAAAGUUUUUAAAUAAAUUUGAAUUGAUUUUAUGAAUACCUGUUGUCUGGCUUGUCCCUAAACCACUUAAAUCAAUUGGCUCAUGCUCAAUCAAAAUAGCAUAGACAAUCUACUCUAUUUAAAACUGAUCACAUUUCAUAUUGUAAUAUUGAUUUUGAUCCGAAAUCAAUCCUUGAACUCCGGUGUCCAUUUUGGCUUAGAGGAGACUCCCAGAAUAUAAGUGCUUGUAUAACAGCAGCAGGCUGUCAGUGACUAACAGCUAGAUUUUUAGAAAAAAACACAAUGUAAGUAAAAAAUAACAUUAUAAAUGGCCCAAAUGGGCUGAAAAAGAAUAUCCAAAAGACAAAGGGGGAGGCAUACACCGUUCUAUUUUCGUUUAGUGAUUUUAAGAUAUGGGGAAAAUGGACCAGGACUGCUGAAACCGUGGAGGAAUGAGUGUCUGCACGUUACUGUAAACUUGCAUCUAAAAUGUGUUGCUUCUUUGAAGACAUUAUAAGCAUUGAAAAAAUACACAAAAAAAUCUGAAUGACUAGUGUACCAACGUAAAAAAUGCUGUCAAGUCUUGUAUGAGGAAAAACUGUUUAGAUGUAUCUUGUACGUACCAUAAUAAACAUGCGUUUGCAGGAUGUAAAUAACCGCAUGUUGAUGACUAGUUUUGCUACACAGAGAAAAAUAAAUAAAA